UCAAGAGGAAGAAGAACAAAGGAAGCGGUACGUAUAAACUGUGAAAUGUUCGGACUCUUCAAGAAAAACAAACCUGUUAAAAUUCGAGGUUAUAGUGGGGACAGAAAAUACGGCAUUGCUUCUAAAGAUGUAAAGGAGCUGAUUAAAAAGAGCUGUAAGCUGUUACAGCUGCCACUUUCUGGUGCUCAUGUGUGUUUAUAUGAAGAUGGAACGAUGGUGACAGAGGAUUUCUUUCCCACCCUGCCUGAUAACUGCGAACUUGUUCUUCUGUCAAGGGAUCAGACAUGGAGCGGAGUCGUUUGUGACAUUGGUCGGUUACUGAACACCGAUCGCCAUGCUGACGGUCUCAUUGAAGCAGCGAAGGGUCUUCUCUCUGACGAGAAAUCUUUCAAGAGGCGUAAAGUCCUUACUGACCUGCUGCAGAACCUGGAGGACAGAUCAGAUCUGGAGAGCAGAGAGGAGGAUGAAGACUGGUUUACUGGUGUCGAUGUGCGAUUCAAAACAAAGUCUGCCUACAUGAAGUACAACUGUGAAAGCAGAAUACGGGGCUACAUGAAGGAGGUGGACAAUGCAACCAACGGCACACAGAAAGCUAAAGUGAAAGAGGAGUUUUUAAAAACAUCCAAGUGCCUGGUUGAGAUGCUGAAAAAUGACAAGUACAAUGGUAAAUACUUCGACAGGACUGAAAAGGAGUCUGGGCGCCUCUGCACUAAGGAAGGAUGGUUUACCUGUCAGGGAUCCUUUGAGCAGAAAUUGUGCCAGUCGCUCCAUUCAAUCAACCCGUAUGGCAGCAGAGAGAGCAGGAUCGUCUUCAGCACUUGGAACCUUGAUCACAGGAUUGAAAAGAAGAGGACCAUCAUACCUGCUCUGCUGGAGGCUCUGCAGACUCAUAAGACCGCAGACAUAAACUUGAACUACUUCUACCAAAUGCUGUUCACCAGGGAAAACCUCAAGCUAGUGCACAUCGUCUGCCACAAAAAGGGAGCGCACAACCUGAUGUGUGACACCAAUAAGAUGUUCAGGACUAGUAAAAAUGCGAGGAAAGCAAAAGAAGAUACCAAAGGGAAGAAAAAGCGUUGUACCUAAAACAUUUUUACGUUAAUGUUUUUUUUUUAAUUAGUUUUUAUUUGCUGUAAAAUUGAUAACUUGUCAUUCAUUGAACAAAAUGAAACAAAACAGUUUUGUAAAUCAUAAAAAGCUUUUUAUUGUAUUAUGUGGCACAAUAAUGUAAAAUAUAUGGAUGGAUUAAGAAUGUUGCCCAAAUAAUGAGACAUUCAAUCAGUCUGAGUUACACACUGAAGACAAAUGUUAAUUAUUUUUUACAUAAAUAAGGCAGUAAUAAUAUACAAUAUUUCUGUUAAGUGGUCAGAUCUAUCAGCUAUAUACAAAACCUGUGGAUAUAGUUCUAGUGCAAUUGCAGAUAACCUGUUAAGGUUCUAUUUCUCAAUCAAGUUUGUUCAAAUCUAGUUAAACUGCAGAUUCUUAGGCAGAAAAAUCAACUUUGUUAUCUAAUAACUUUAGCAACUAUAAACAGUAGGAAUAUAAAGAACAAUUAGCUGCACUGGUGUGUGUGUAUAUAUAUAUUUAUAUAUAUACAGUAUAUAUAUAUAUAUAUAUAUAUAUAUAUAUGUGUGUGUGUGUUUAUCUACAUACAGACAUUAUGUUACAAAGCUGCCAAAAACCUUUAAGGAUGGAUUUUAGACACUUGGUGAAAAAUGGCUGGAAUAUGACAUUCAUCUCUGAUCUUGUAAUAAACAGAUCUGCUCUUU